UUGAUUUGAAUCAAAACAGUGAAGAAGAUAAAUCGUUAUCGAUCGGUGUGACGUCGUCGGUAGAAAGCCCCCUUUUGGAAAGCCUCCCGUUGCAGUUGUGUGGGGGUGUGUGUGUUUGUGCCAGACGUUUCCGGUUUACUGCUUGCUACUGCAGUAGUAGUGUUUUACAGCGUCAUCGUGCUAUCACAGUUUGACUUUGUUUUCUCCGCUACAGCUUGGAAUUCUACUUGUAAGGGAGAGCAAGUGUGUUUGUAUACGGAUAACAUAAAUCGCAGUCAAGAUGAUGAACGAUCCUGCUGCCUUGGGAAUGAUUCCCUUCGAUACGAUUGGAUUAUACGAGCAGCCAAAGCCACGGUUUAUCUUCAAAAUGCCACGGGUUGUACCGGAUCAGAAAAACAAAUUCGAGACUGAUGAUCUGUUUAAGAAGCUCAGCCGGGAUAGUGAAGUUCGAUAUACCGGUUUCCGCGAUCGUCCGAUCGAGGAACGCCGUGGGCGCUUCCGAGCCGGCUGCUGCGAGGGUCACACCGAGAUCUCGUUCUCCACCACCGGUAUCAACGUUCAGCUAGUGUUCAACCCCAAUCACGGUCUCUAUCAUCACCCGCACCAUCACCAUCACCACCAUCCGGCCCACUUGGGCCUGGAGAAGGAGUGCGACUUUGACAAGGAACACGGCAAGGUUCACAUCAAGUCGCACUUCAUCAUGAAUGGCGUGUGCGUACGGUUCCGCGGUUGGAUGGACAUGGAACGGCUGGACGGCAUCGGUUGUCUCGAGCUGGACGAGAAGCGAGCCGCCCAAGAGGACGCCAUCUUGCGGGAGCAACUGGAUCGCUACAAUCAACGACUGAGGGAUUUCGAAGACAAGCAACGAUCCUAUCAACGCACAACGCAGGAUGAGUUCGAGCAAAUGCGUCGGAACAGUGCCGGAAUCGGUGUCGGCACCGGAGCGACCGGCAUGUGGAGGCGAUAAAUUGUAGUCUGAGCAGGUAACGGACAGGCAAACUAGUGGCAACUGUGUGAUUUUACUACUCCCCAUAAUCCCAUAUAUUGAAACAUAAGUGUAUGAAUGUGCUACAUAAAAGAAACGGCAAGAUUUGACUAGAAUUUCGGAACAACAUUUUAACCCUUUUAAACUUUCCGCGGUUGGUAAACACUGGCUUUCGUGAGUGGUUACCAACCAAACUAAAAAUAAUGAAACAAUUAUCAAACCACAAUAACCAGAGCAGAAGUAAAAUGUACGAGUAGCAGGCUAAUCUCUCCUCAAUUGUAAAUAUUAUUUUACCUUCAGAUUUCAGAUGCCACGUGCACAAUGCAAAUAAUUCGACAGCACACAAUUCACGAUUUUGUGCGAUUGGGUUUUUGUUAUCAGCAUUAGAUUUUUUUUUGCAAUCAUCGUCUAUGUUCUAGAGCCUUCAAUUAUUUCUUCAAGCAAUCAACAUUGAAGCGAGAAUUUUUAUAUAUUAUUUUACCUAUGUAUAAGUAACCGAAUCUCAAAGGAGCUACCAAAAAGAACAAGAAUAAUUAUUUUUCUCUGUCGUCCACGUAAGCGAUAAACGUUCUAGAUUUCUAAGUAGAGAUGCCAAUAAAUUUGAUAGCAUUUUGUUAUGAUAAUUUUAAAA